AUGGAAGUCGUGCUGGGUCCCGGUGACCAAGCUCGAGCAGCCGGAGCGGAGGGGGCAGCCUCCGUCGCCUCGCUAAGGGGGCGGCUGAGGUCCCCCCAACAACACACGAGAACACGACCAUUCGGGGGAACGGGCGGAGAUAGCGCCAUAAUAAUGCAGGAGCUACGCCACAGGGUCCAGAACCUAGAACGACAGCUGGCCGACCGGGAGCGGGAUGGACAGUCUACCGAUCCGAGCUAUACCCCGUCUCCCGGAAGCGAGGAGGAAGACUCUCACCGAAGCCGCCCGCGGCGCACAUCCGCAUCCCGGACGGAAGCGGAGAGCACGCGGGAGGAGUCACCCAUUCUGAGAAGACGAAAUGACACAAUCAUCUACUCUCGUGCCAGACCAACCCGCCGAGCGGCAAGAGGUCGCGAAGACGGGGAAGGGAGAUCCGAGAGAACACGACAACCUGUGAUAAUGGGCGCCACCCCGUUCCACCUAUCUAUCCUCGAGGUCCGGUUGCCGAAACACUUCGACAAACCAACGGACAUGAGGUACGACGGAACUCAAGACCCUCUAGAACACCUUACGGCCUUUGAGGCCAGGAUGAAUCUGGAGGGAGUGAGGGAUGAAGUAAGAUGCCGCGCCUUCCCGGUAACCUUAGCAGGGCCAGCGAUCAGAUGGUUUAACGGCCUCCCACAAGGUUCCAUCUACAGUUUCUCGGACAUCAGCCGUGCAUUCCUGGCCCAAUUUACAACGCGGAUAGCAAAGGCCAAGCACCCUAUCAACCUUCUAGGGGUAACCCAGAGACAAGGAGAGCCGACCAGGAGGUACUUAGAUCGGUUCAACGACGAAUGCUUGGAAAUCGACGGCUUAACCGACUCGGUGGCCAGUCUUUGCCUGACAAACGGCCUCCUCAACGAGAACUUCCGAAAACACCUUACCACGAAACCGGUUUGGACAAUGCAUGAAAUCCAGACGGUGGCCAAGGAGUACAUAAACGACGAGGAAGUCAGCCGAGUUGUGGCCGCCAACAAACGGCAGCCCAGCUACAAUCAAGCCCGGCAACAGGGCAAUGGGGAAAGACCAAAGGGACAAACCAGAGAAGAGGCGCUGAGUAAGGCACCAAGGACAUUCCCCCGAGUCGGGAAAUUCACCAACUACACUCCGCUUAAUCUCCCCAUCGUGGAAGUCUACCAACAAAUAGCCGAGAAAGGAAUCCUGCCGAAGCCCCGACCACUCAAAGACCGCACCGGAGGGAACAAGAACCUUUAUUGUGAUUACCACAAGGGUUACGGUCACCUAACGCAGGAUUGUUUCGACUUGAAGGAUGCAUUGGACACAAGCGAUAAGGGAAGGUAA